UGCAACCAAAAAUAAAAGAGCGAAAAUAAAUUUAAAAAGGAAGGAGAUGGAAUACAGAAUAGAAAAUAAUAUUGGGAUGCAGGUAUAACCAUAGCACAGGGAAGCCUGGCCUGCUGUAUUCUCUCUUCCUGCUGAGUACCCUCCACCUGGCUCUGUCGGAGACGGCCAUUGACUGAGAUGCAGCCUGGAGGCAGCAUCUUGCUUCAUUUGUACAAGUCUCCUAGGAAUCCUCUGCGCAACCGGCUUUGCAUCCACCUCGUGGCGGAGCGGAGGAGUGCAGUGACGCGCAGAAGCCCGCGCCACCCAGCAGGCCACAACAGUUUCAGAGCUCGCGACUCUUUAAAAUGGCAGAGCAGCUUUCCCCGGGAAAGACGACGGACCAGGUGUGCACCUUUCUUUUUAAAAAGCCUGGACGAAAGGGGGGUGCAGGCCGCAGAAAACGCCGGAUCUGCGACCAAGAGUCCGGAGGCGGCGGCGGCGGCGGCGGCGGCAGCGGCAGCAGCAGCAGCAGCAGCAGCGGUGACGAAGGCAACAGGGUGGUUCGCCCUGAAAAGAAGCGAGCGAUCCACACUCGGAUGAUCCAGAAGACCUGGGGCGGUGGUAAACAGAAGGGGGCUUCCGGGGACCGGAGUAGCGAGGAGGAAGUAGAGGAGCCCGAGAGUCUCGGCGUGGUCUAUAAGUCCACUCGCUCGGCGAAACCCGUGGGGCCGGAGGACAUGGGGGCGACCGCUGUGUACGAGCUAGACACGGAGAAGGAGCGUGACGCACAAGCCAUCUUUGAGCGCAGCCGGAAGAUCCGGGAGGAGUUGAGAGGCAAGGAAGAUGAUAAGAUCUACCGGGGAAUGAAUAAUUAUCAGAAACACAUGAGGCCCAAAGAUGCGUCUGCGGGUAGUGAUUCCUCCGGAAUGGCGAGGAAGGGCCCCAUUCGAGCUCCCGAGCAUCUGCGUGCCACCGUGCGCUGGGAUUACCAGCCCGACAUUUGCAAGGACUACAAAGAGACCGGCUUUUGCGGCUUCGGAGACAGUUGCAAAUUCCUCCAUGACCGCUCAGAUUACAAGCACGGGUGGCAGAUCCAACGCGAGCUCGACGAAGGUCGCUAUGGCGUCGACGAGGAUGAAAACUAUGAAGUGGCAAGGGAUGAGGAGGAACUACCAUUCAAAUGUUUCAUCUGUCGCCAGACCUUCCAAAACCCUGUGGUCACCAAAUGCAGGCAUUAUUUCUGCGAGGCCUGUGCACUUCAGCAUUUCCGCACCACCUCGCGCUGCUACGUCUGUGACCAGCAGACCAACGGAGUCUUCAAUCCAGCGAAAGAAUUGAUCGCCAAACUGGAGAAGCGUCGAGCUGCAGAAGAGGGUGGUGCUUCUAAUUUCCCAGAAGACCCCGAUAAGAGUCCAAUUCCCAUUACUUAAUUUUCCCAUUAUUCUCAAAUCUCGAAAUGUUUUGUUGUUUUGGAAAAAAAAAUGUAGCUAAGUUACAGAUCUCUAGGUGAGAUCAUUCUGUAUUUUUCGGGGUUGGCCCUAAAUCCAGCGUUAAGUAUCCUUUUAAGUCAGAAGAAAAGGCCAUGUGAAGACAGAGGCAAAAAGACUGGUGUCCCCAGACAUAAGCCAAGGGAUCCCUGAAGCCACCAGAAGCUGGAAGAAGCAAAGAGCCUCUAGAAGGAACAUGACCCCACCAACACCUUGAUUUCGGACUUCUAGCCUCCAGAACUGUGACAGAAUACACUGCUGUUGUUAUAAGCCACUCAGUUAGUGUGAAUUUGUUAUGGCAGCUGUAGGAACCUAAUAUACCAUUUCUUUACCUCUUCUUGACUUUGAGGGUUCAUGACAUCGCUGGCUUCCCUGCUCAUCUGACUCUGUGUCUCAAAUAAACCCUCAGCCCUUCUGGGACUCCUUCACUGCUUUCUGCGUGGGACCCUCGGGUCCUUUAUGUGAUAUCCCUCAUGUUGCUUCUUCUUUGUUGGAAAGAAGACAUGCCAUGGCAACAGAAGUCCCCCCUCAGAAGGGAACUGGCUUUUGGGUAACAUGGGGAAGGAGAUGAACUCUGUAAGGACAGAUGGUGUGUAAGCAGAGCACCAUUUGCCCAUGAGUUCCUUUCUAUGUUUUCUCCUUUCUUUAAAAAAAAAAAAAAAUUAUAUAUAUAUAUAGUUUAUUUA